AGUGUUUUAUCGAGUAUUGUUGUUUCUCUUUUUUUUCUUUCCACUGGUUUCUCUAUUAAUCAUUUUUUGCGAACUACAGAAUGGGUGGGCGUGGUCGAGGCAGGGGAGGUGGACCAGGAACUACCAUCCGAGCAGUUGCUCAAGCUCUAGGAAUCGCUAGAAAUGAUAUGGCCGUCUAUGCUCAACAAAGAACUGUUGAGGAUCCCCCUGAUUAUCCGACCGUCCAGCGUGCGCUCAUCCCUCUGGAACUUUCUAACGAGUUACAGUACAUAUCAGAGCUGAAGCUAGAAUUGAUUAAUAGGUUCCAAGAGUCCCCAUUCUACUUGGAUAAUGUUCAAGUAAAGGAUAUAAGGCGGUAUACCGACAAGUACAAUGAGGUGCAACGUGAACGUCUUGAACCAGACUUCUCACGACUACCAGAGGAGCUUUGCUGGCGGCAUGAGAAAGUUCAGACCCCUAAGGCAAAGAAGCGAAGGAUAGAAGAUGCCACAGAAGUCAUCCAGCAGAAGUUGAUGAGAUUAGAACAAGCCGAACAACAAGAUGGUGUGAAUGAGGAGGAAAUUGAGGAUGAAGAAGACUCAGAAAAGUCCGAAGCUGAAGCUCCCGGCAGCAACGUUCCCUCCGAUGAUGAUUUCGGCGAAGAAGACAACGAUUACUGUGCCAACUACUUCGAUAAUGGUGAAGGCUACGGAGAUGCUGGAUCUGAUGACAACAUGGAUGGCGAAGAGUAUUGA